AUGGCUGGUGGCGAAUUUCAGACAGGGGACAUGGGUAACCCCCCUAACAGGGCCUCGGUUAUGUGCAAGAUGGAAAAGCAUUGCAUUGGCGAGAAACCAAGACCAAAAACAACAACAACAAAACAGACAACAAGCAAAGUCCAAACUCAACGCAGCAGAGGCAAAAACGAGAGAACAAAGCCAAACGGGGUGGACAGCAAAACAGGAAGCAAAACCAAAACGAAGCAAGGCAAAGGAAAAACUGGACGACAAUGCGGCAACAACGAAGGACACGGUGCAGCGACAGAACCAACAAGGCGAGUAGGAGGAACAGGACCAGACCAAACACGAGGAGCAGAAGUUACAACAGGCGAAGCAGCAACGGAACUAACAGGACCAGACCAAACACGAGGAGCAGAACUUAAAGCAGGCGAAGUAGCGACGGAACAAACACGAGAGGCAGGAGAACUCACAAAUGUAACAGCAGGCGAAGCAGCAAUGGAACUAACAGAGCUACCAUAUGGAACAGAAGCGACGGGACGACUGGGUGGAACAGGACCAGACCAGACACGAGUAGCAGCAGCACUUACAGGACAACUAGAGGCAACAGCGGGCGAAAAGGCAGCAGAACAACUGGACUCAGCAGGCAAAAAACGAGGCGAAGACAAGCACAUCAUUCUAACAAGAAGGCUCAACAAUAUCCUCAGAAGACAUCUUAACAAACACAACGGAACAACAAAACCGCCAAAAUACGUGAAAAAAACUUCCGAGUGGGUCAGUCAAAUUGUGGUAGCUGUUAAGAAGUCUGGUGAGCUGCGUGAAUGCAUCGAUGCCAAACCUCUCGAUGCUGCUUUUAAGAGGGAACAUUACCAAAUUCCAGUUGUCGAUGAAUUGUUGCCUGACCUGACAGAUGCACGUGUGUUUACUAAAGUCGAUUUAGCGUCAGCGUUUUGGUAUCUGGAGCUGGAUGAAGAAUCUAGCAUGCUCACAACCUUCGCUACGCCAUAUGGGCGAUAUCGUUGGCUUCGGUUACCGUCUGGUCUCAGCGUUUCGAGUGAAAUAUUUCAGAAACAUCGCCAUCAAGAAUUACAUGGUCUUCCCGGUGUUAAACGCAUUGCAGAUGAUGUUCUAAUCCAUGGUACAAACGAGACUGAUCAUGACAGCAAUUUUAGAACGGUUUAUGAGCAGAUGUCAGCAGAAACGCAUCAAGCUUAA